ACAGUGCACUUUGGCUUUAUACUUCCGCAAGUCGCAGUUGCCAAUUCUCUAUCUUUGAUGAACACUAGGGACCGUCGAAUAAUUUCGAUGAUAAAAGUAAAGGAAACGCCGUCGUAUGAAUUUUCACAACUGGAUUUAUAUGUGUUCUAUCAUUAUAUUUGAUAGUUAUGGAUAUUAUUCAAUGCAAUCUCCUUGUUAAAGUCAAGAGGAAGUGGAAAAGCCGCUGGGUAGUUUUACGGCGAGUUAAUCCUGGUUCAGAUCGCAUUAAUCUUUACAUAUAUAAGGACCGUUUGAGUGCAAUUGGAAAGCAACAAGAGAAGUUCCUGCUUUCCCUUCGUGAUUUUUGCUACACAGAAUGUGUUGAUAAAGACAACAGGUUGCCUAAAAUAGUUAUUAUUACUGAAGCUCGAGCAUUAUCCUUGAGAUUUGAGAAAAAAGAAGAUAGAGAUUAUUGGGAAGACACUCUUAUUAAGGAAGGUGGCUUUGGACAAGUUGUGACAUACAAUGGAAUUCUUCCGAGUAGACAGUCAAUGAAAUCAGGGGAAGUUUCUCUUCACAUCUACCCAAACUUUUUUACAUUAAUUCGGAAAAAAAACUCUCGAUGUAUUGGUCGUUGGCAAUUUGAACAGUUGUUUAACUAUGGGCCAGUUGAUGGUGGAUUUGUUUUUCGUGUUGAAAAUGUUUCAGAAGACCAUUCUGAGCCAGAGUCCUUUUUGCUUGUUACAUCAUCAGAGAAGCAAAUCAAUAGCACCUUUGAUACAGUUUACAAAACAGCCCAUAACAUGUAUGGAAGUGCUGAUGGUAUUCAAAAAUCGACAAAACUAAAUUCACUAAGAGCACCCCGACCGCGAUCAAUGAGUGAGCCAUCUGGUUUUAAGCGCUUUAUGCAAAGGCUUAGCAUACGUCGGAAGAGCAGAAGGCCAAAAUCGUCCAAAUGGAAGGAGAACACAGGUCCUACAGACAUCAAGAUCAACAACGCUGUUGCCUCUGCGGAAGAUGUCGCUCAUUUUGGUGAAGGAAGCCUCAAAAAUAAUGAUGCGGUUAAGCGAUCAAAGAAUGAUCCCAAUCCUGAAUCAGCGGACAAAAGAAAAUCAAAUGAAAGUGUAGCAUCAUCCUCCUCUGGAAUAUCGCCUUCGCCAUCUGACGGAAUUUUGUCAUGUGAUAUGGAAAACCAUGGAAGAAUUUCUCCAGGAGAUAUAAGGACAUUGAACGGAAACAAACAUGAUGAUGAGCGUCAGGGACAAGAUGCAGGUGAAAAGAAUGAAUCGACGAAACUAUCUCUUCUUGAUACUAAUACCCAGAAUGGCAACGAUAUGAGCAUUUGGCAACGUAGAAGUGCGUUAUUCCUCAACACGGACGACAUGAUUCGCGAAGGAUUCAUGAAAUCAAAACAAUCCGAUCAACGAUCUUGUGACGUACCUGCAAAUGAAGAGAGAAAUCAUAAUAAUGAAUUGACAGAAUCCUCUGAAGGGAAAGCUCUUGAGGGCACCGGCAUUCAAGCACGCAGAAACACGAGUGGCAAUCGUGUAAGACGUCCUAUGUUAACCAUACAAAUCACUCCCAGUUUAAGUCAGCCAUCUUUAAAUCAGUAUGUCAACGUUCCCGAAAAACCUCACGUUAGAGAUAUAACACGACUUCAGCCUGGUGUAUGGGAUCGCUAUGAUAGCGAAGAAAGUGUUUAUCAUAAUUUGGACAGGGUGAUUGGGGGACCAUCGGGUUAUCAGAAUGUGCCCGGAUCAGGAGAAAAUACUCACAUCGUGUCGUCAACAGCAAAUUCGUAUCAAAAUGUUGCUGCACGACUUCCCGAUGCACGUUCUUAUGAAAAUGUCGCUGGUCCUCGAUCAGAUAUGCAUUAUAUUAACGUUGAUGCCAAGCAAAGCAACUCUUCCGUGAACUAUAUUAAAGUAUCUGGUUCUGGACCCUCGACGCCAAUACAAAAGAACCAGUCAUUCAAUUCAAAAAAGGGAAAUCCUGAUUACACAGAAAUAGAUUUUGUCAAAACAAAACGAUUUAGGGAGAUGUCGAGGGAAGUCAAAAAGGAAAAAGUUGAAAGAGUGAAAAAGUCUUGAUAUUUUUCACUAGUGUUUUACAGGAAAACAAUGAGUAGCUUUUGAUAUGGAUAUUUAUUAACACGAGAAGAAUGUCUGGAAGCAACUGGGGUUAUUUAACCACACAUAUUCAUCCAGAUCGAAUUGCUCAAAAUACGAAAUAAAAUAAAAAUGUCGUUGAAAACCCACGGGUCUUUACAAAACUUGGUUUUAGCUAUUGUUUCGCAACCAUUUGAUUGCGAUUUUUUUUUAAAUAUAUUUUUAAGAUGAUGCUAUUUGCAUGUACGUUUGAUUAUGAUUUUUUAUGGCUGGUAAUGUUAAAUAGACUUGCUUUUAUGAAUUGGUUGCUUCUUUGGAAUGUAUAACCAAUGUUUGGACAAUGUUUUGUGCUGGUCAUAAAUCUAAUUGUUUAGCUGAAGCAAUUGUGAAACUAGAAUUUUUUAUUGUCGAAAAUGAUUGAAUGUAACGUUUUUAUAAUUAAAGUGUGCUUAUCAUUUUUGUAGUGUA